AUGUCGACUCCGCAGCAAGAAGAGGACAAGAAGCCCAACGAUCAAGCUGCCCACAUCAACCUCAAAGUGAAAGGCCAGGAUGGGAAUGAAGUGUUUUUCAGGAUCAAACGAAGCACUCAACUGAAGAAGCUUAUGAACGCAUAUUGUGAUCGCCAGUCUGUGGAGCUUAACUCAAUUGCCUUCUUGUUUGAUGGUCGCCGUCUACGAGCAGAGCAGACGCCUGAUGAGCUGGAAAUGGAGGAUGGUGAUGAGAUUGAUGCAAUGCUUCAUCAAACUGGAGGAGCCGUACAGAUUUGA